AUGUCUUCCUCCAACACCAACCCUUCUUCUUCUUCUUCCAGCAACAACACCAACGAGCCCCAGCCUAGCAUGAUCGCCGGACACGCCGAGUACAUCAAAGGCGCAGCUGAGGCCGCUAUCGGCAACAUCACCGGCUCCCACGCCUGGACCACUACAGGCGAGCAAGACAAGGCGCACGCCAAGGCCUCGCUACGAGCGGCGUCUGAAGGCCGCGACCCGGCCACAUCGGGGUACGGAUCGGUCGAGGAGACGGCGGGCAAGUUGACGGGUUGCGAGUGGAUGAAGAAGGAGGGGGCGGCUAGUAAGAGCCAUCAGGAGUAG